AUGGAGUCAGAACAAGUGCAUACUGCCAAUGAAAUUGCAUUAUUAAACAAUUUAACAGAUAAUUAUGAUUCAUUACGCUAUUGUUUACUGAAAGCACAAACAUUUGAUAUAAAAUCGUAUGGUUUUCCAGCGAUCUAUUACAAAAUUAUGGAAACAGACAAGCAACGUGUUCAAUCAUUCGUUGAUGCUUUUGAAAAAUAUAAUUGGCUCAAAGAUGCAGUUGUUUGUGAAAUUGGCUGCGGUCGAUUUGCGUUGACCGAUCAUUAUUUAAAUCAUUGUAAAAAGGCCUAUCUCAUCGAAAGUAAUCCAGCAGUAUAUGAUUUAAUCGAAGAAAAGCUUCGUAAAAAUAACUGGCAAGAUAAAGUUGUUUUUAUACGUGGUGAUGUUAUGAAAAUUAAUGAACUUCCUGAAAAAGUUGAUUUUGUUAUUGGAGAACUAAUGAGUGUUUUCUGUGCCAAUCAACAUCAAGUACCAAUUUUUAAACAUGCUAGAAAAUGGCUAAAUGAAAACGGAAAAUUAUUACCGGAAAAAAUUAAAAAUUUUAUUCAAGUUGGUUAUACUUAUUUUGACAGUGAACAUAAAUUCUAUCCAUUAAUGUUUACACGGCAUUGGCCAGCACUAUUGACAACAAAAGUCUUGGUCAAUGUCAUAGAUUUAUAUACAGUAGAUGAAAUGACUGUAAAUGUUAUUGUUAAAGUUAAGGCUGUAUUAUCAGGCCAGGUCAAUUGUGUCCUACUGAAUUCUUAUGUUCAAGUCGCUGAAGGUUGUAAUUUUACUGGUACGGAUAGUUUAAUGCAACAUACAGUGGUUAAAUUGGAUAACAAAACGCCAUUUAUAAUGAAAGAAGAUCAAGAAUAUCAAUUGAAAAUCAAAUUUACCUAUGCAACAACAGUCGAUGAAGCUAGUUUUGAGAUAAUUGAAUAA